UUCUGCUUUUUUUUUACUUUAUAAAUAGUGAAGAUUUCGUGCUGGAUCGAUCAAGGGAGGAAUUUUCUUGUCCAGGCCAAGAAUUAUUAAAGGUUUGAGAUGGGCAGUUCUGAAGAAGCAGUUCUAGAUAGGGUGGAGGCUCAGAGGUCAGUGGUUGUCUCUCAUGGUCAAUGGAAACGGAGUUACUUCUCCAUGAACCUGAUAAAGCGCGGGCUACGUUCAUUAGGUCUCCUUCAAACCGGAGAAGCAGAAACCGAACCCGUGCCAGACUACCUUACCAACCUUGAGAUUUCAGAUGUUUUCAACCUCCCUGGUGAAUCUAUGCAGAUAGAUCCGGAGAUCUUUACUGCAGUUUGCGCAGGGAAUAAAAACUCUCUUGAAGAGUUAAAAAGAAGCGGUAAGCCAAUGGCAUGUCUCAAAAGCGAUCAAGUAGGUUCUGUUCUUCACCUCGCUGCUGCAUGCAAUCAUCUUGAACUAGUGAAGAUCAUAGCCUCUGAAUGCCCGUGUCUUCUUCUGAAGCUAGACUCGAGGAACCAGCUUCCGCUUCACGUGGCGGCUCAUGCUGGUUAUUCGACUGUUGUUGAAGCUCUUGUUGAGACAGUGGGAUAUAUCUCAGCUGGGCUGUCUGAUGAAGACGGCAGGGAGAGACUAAACCUAUAUGUCGUGAAGAAUAAAGAUGGAGAUACUCCUCUGCAUUUAGCCUUAAAAGGGCGCCAUAUGAGCUCAGCUAAUUAUCUGGUGAGUGCAAACCAACAGACUUCGUUUUUUGCAAAUAAAGAUGGAAUAUCUCCCUUGUAUUUGGCGGUUGAAACAGGAGACCUACUCCUCGUGAAAGCGAUGUUAGAAACUAGAAAGGGAGAUGAACUUGGACGGAGAUAUGCUGAUAUAGAUUCACUCUUCGAAGAUGAACAUGGACGGAGAUAUAUUCUUGACAUAGAUUCACACUUGGAAGGGAGAAAAUAUCUUCUACACGCGGCUUUGAAGGCUAAGAGUCUAGAUACCCUUGAAUUUUUGCUAAAAGAAUAUCCAAGUCUUGUUAAUAUGCAAGAUGAAGAAGGAAGGACAUGUCUUUGGCUUGCAGCGUCCAUGGGAUACUAUGAAGGAGUAAGCAUCUUGCUAGACCGAUGGACAAAGGGUGUUUAUGUAUGUAAUGGUGAUGGAUCCUUCCCGAUCCACAUUGCUGUAGAGAAACGUCACAUGAGAGUUGUUUUCUUGCUUCUAAAACGUUAUCCAGAUUCAAAACACCUGCUAAACAAACAAGGUCAAAACAUUGUUCACAUUGCAACAAAGAGUGGGAUAGGUGCACUUUUUCUUUUUAGUUAUCUCUGGUUAACUGGUUGGAUCAAUACUCUUGUGGAGACGCAAGAUAAGGAUGGGAACUCACCUCUGCACGAAGCUACCAUACACUGGCGCCCUCGUACGCUAUUUGUCCUUUUACUAAUGACUAAGAUAAAAUGGCUAUACGUACAGAACAAUGAUGGUCUCACAGCUCUGGAUAUCGCCGAGAAAAAUAUGAAACGCAACUACAUUUUCAUGGAGAGGGUGACACUGAUGGUUUUACUAUACUUUUAUGCACCCAUAUCAAGAAAAUCAUGGUGGAUAAAGGUAACCAAACCAUCAGAGCCACUAGAGGGCGGAAAAACCAACAACUACGUCGACACUCUCCUAGUGGUUGCAGCUCUUGUGGCAACCGUAACGUUUACUGCAGGUUUUACUAUACCAGGGGGCUUUAACGGCUCUGGUGAAAAACUGGGCAUGGCAGCUCUAGAAAAUAAACCUAAGCUCGCCUAUUUUAUGAUAUUUAACAUCAUGGCAAUGCAAAGCUCCAUUGUAACCAUAGCUAUUUUAAUAUGGGGGCAGUUAGGCGACCAAUCGUUGGUUCCUAUGGCCUUUACUUGGGCAUUGCGGUCACUGUUUUUCGCUCUCCUCUGCAUGGUGCUGGCAUUCUACUGGGGUGUUAUGGUUACGUUUGUGCAUGUUAAAGGGGUUGUUAUCUUCCUCAACGUUACGUAUGCGAUCUUCCUUUUUCUAAUGCUAUUCAACCUUGGCCCUCACGUUUUCCUACAAACACCUGGAAUCCCUGCUUUCUUAGGUAGCUGCUUCUUGAUGUUUGUAAUGCUUGUGAAUGAAGACAGUUUCCCCACUCCUGUGAAGAUGAUCUUCGGCAAGGAGGAUGCUCCUGUGAAGAUGAUCUCUGGCAAGGAGGAUACUCCUGUGAAGACCUAACUGGAAAAGCAAGAGAUUCUGUAAAAAAAAUAUCUUUUUCAAUGUAUGUCCUUGUUUGUGUGGUUUGAUUCACUCUCUCGUCUUCCUUACUUUACUUGUGUUUGUGUGUACCCGUACUUAAAUAAAGUAAGCGUGUU